GGCCAAAUAGACAGAUCACACUCCUAAACACUCCAACACACUAACAUAUACUAUAGAAUAGAAUAAGCACACACAUACACUGUGUCACACUCUCUCUCUCUCUCUUUCACUCUCUCUCUCUAUUAGUCAUAUUCUCAUACAUACAUAUACACCAUCACACUAGCAUACACUUGGACAUGGGACCAUACUCCUCAGCUUAAAUUUUGAGCUUUUUCGUGGACGACAGGAUCCGACUCUGCCGCUUCUCCUUCACUCUCUCUCCCCCCUUAUUUCCUCCCUCUCACUCUCUCAAGUCUCAUUCAUGGAAAUGGAAGAUCACCAUCAUCACCACCACCACCUCCACCAUCAGCAUCAACAACAACAACAACACCAACAACAACACUUCAACAUCAACAUGAACAUGAACGAUCUCAGGCAAGUGCUCAAUGGGCCGAGGCCGCCCCAUAACAACCUCCCCUCCAUGCCGCCGGUGCUUUUCCCCGGCCACCACCGGAAUCUCGGGCCAACACCCUUGCCCUCUCCCCAACAACAUCACUACGAGGUUAUGAUGUUCGGUCGCGACAUAAUGCCACCUGGCCUCCACGACUUUGCUUCCACCACCCAUGAUUCUUCUGCAGCCACCACCGUCGCCGCCGUACCCACUCCACCCGCCACUAGUGCCUUUGACGCCGAGGGUGCAGCUUGCAUCGGUGCAGACCCCUCCACCGGAAGAUGGCCCAGACAGGAGACUCUAACUCUUCUUGAGAUCAGAUCUCGCUUGGACCCUAAAUUCAAAGAGGCUAAUCACAAGGGUCCCUUAUGGGAUGAAGUCUCUAGGAUCAUGUCUGAAGAACAUGGAUAUCAAAGGAGUGGGAAGAAGUGCAGGGAGAAGUUUGAGAAUUUGUACAAAUAUUACAAGAAGACAAAGGAAGGUAAGGCAGGAAGGCAUGAUGGGAAGCACUACAGAUUCUUUCGUCAACUUGAAGCCUUAUAUGGAGAAAACAGUAACACAGUUUCAGUCCCGGAAACCAAUGUUGUUGGCACCAUUCAUUUUCAAGCAAGCAGCCACGCCCCUUCCCAAACAAAUCAAGAAAAGUUUCAGUCUCACAAUAACAAGCAUUGUGACAGCCUCAGCCUCACUAACUCCACAAACUUUGACACAUCAUCAUCUGAGGAUGAUGAAUAUGAUCACAGCAUGGAGAAUGAGUCCAUGGAGAAGAGGAGAAAGAGGAAGAGUGGGAGGAGUUGGAAAGUGAAGAUAAAAGACUUCAUUGACUCACAGAUGAGGAAGCUGGUGGAGAAGCAAAAGGAGUGGUUGGAUAAACUGGUGAAGACACUUGAAGAGAAGGAAAAAGAUAGGAUGCUGAGAGAGGAAGAGUGGAGGAAACAAGAGGCAAACAGGUUAGAGAGGGAACAAAAGUUUUGGGCUAAAGAGAGAGCAUGGAUUGAAGCCAGGGAUAGUGCUCUAAUGGAGGCUUUGCAAAAAUUAACUGGGACACAGAUAAUGAAGGAUGAAACUCAUUCUGAGGGUAUAAAUGCAGUAGCAGCUGAAGUUCAAAACCAGAAUAAUGAAGAUGGAAGUGAAAUCUUAAACAGCAAUACUAUCAUCAGAGGUUCUGAUAGCUGGCAAGAAUCUGAGAUCACAAGGCUUCAACAGUUGAGAGCUGAGUUGGAGACAAGUUUUCUUCAUAGUGAAAUUUCAGAAGAGGUUACAUGGGAGGUAGUAGCUAACAAAAUGGCUUGUUUUGGCUACGAAAGGAGUGCUUUGAUGUGCAAAGAGAAAUGGGAAAGUAUGAGUAACAACUAUUCAAGGGAGGAUAACAAGGAAGGGAACAAGAAGCGCAAGGAAAACUCUAGAACCAGCUUUUACUUCAAGAACGAUGAUGAUCAACAAUCUUCCCUAUACGAUCAUGGAAGUGCAUAUUGUGGUGAUAUGAAUGAUCAAGGGAAAGUGAUUGAGAGGCUACAAAGAAAUAAUGGUUCUUCACCUUCAAAAUCAAAUGUUGGAAAUGUUGCUCCCUCUGAUAGUUGCUUUCCCUUCUUGAUGAGUGCUGAGGGUGGAAACUUGUGGGAGAACUAUGGCUUAAAGUUCAAUAAAGCAAACCAAAACCACUGAGUAGUGAAAGAUAUAUGGUUCGUGCAUGAGUGGUGUAAGCAGCACGGAAAUUUGAGAGUCUAGUAUCUGAGACGGUCUCACAUCAUGUAAACAAGAGCUAAGUGAGGGUUUAUGUAUAGAGAUUGAUGAUGAUUAUAUAAUCAAUCUUAUUAUAUAUAUUUAUGGGUCAUUUAGGAGAAAAAUAAUGGCUUCAAUUUAUAUUUUAGUGAGGGAGGCGAAGUGACAAAGUUCACUUGCGUGUUGGAAUGUGACACCAAUCUCAGGUGAGUUUCUUUUUCUUUUAUGCAUGCAAAUGGAAUCAAAAUUGUAUUAUUACCUGGUAUUUUGCAUUUUCAAGGCUUCAACGAUGCUUGCAUCAAUUGGUCACUGUUUCUCUCCU